AUGAAAAAUACCACGUGUCCAUUGAGAGUCGUGAGAAUCGACAAUUUUGUGAUCGAUGCAGAACAAAAACGCACUAACAAAAUCCACGUGGAAAGAACUCCAAAAUCAACAAUUCCAAAAACCAAAGACACGCAACAACAAAUUUCACCCGAAAUAAAUUCAAAACCAUCACUCUAUAAACUGCC